CCGCACUUCCGUUUGCAUCCACGCUUCUGGAUGAUGUAGUGCGGCCGAGUUCCAGCCAUGGGUUCUUCUGGCCUCGCUCGACUGCAGGGGCUCUUCGCUGUUUAUAAACCUCCGGGGCUGAAAUGGCUGCACGUGCGUGAGACCGUGGAGUUGCAGCUGCUUAAAGGUCUCAAUGCACAGCAGUGUCCUGCUCCUGAACAGCGUCGUGUUCGCUUCUUGCUCAGCCCUGUGGAAGGCAAUGAAGAGAAAUUGACUCUCACAGCCACCAGUGUGCCUUCCCUCACCACCCAUAGACUUGUGCGUGGUCCAGCAUUCACAAGCCUGAUGAUCGGUGUGGGACAUCGCUUGGAUGUCCAGGCUUCUGGUGUGCUUGUGCUCGCCGUGGGACACGGACGUAGUCUCCUCACCGACAUUUACAAUGCUCACCUCACCAAGGAUUACACAGUGCGUGGCCUCCUGGGCAAAGCUACAGACAACUUCUGUGAAGAUGGGCGACUGAUAGAGAAGACAACUUACGACCAUGUGACCAGAGAGCGGCUGGACCGGAUCCUGGCUAUGAUCCAAGGCUCCCACCAAAAAGCUCUGGUGAUGUACUCCAACCUAGACCUGAAGUCCCAGGAGGCCUAUGAGAUGGCUGUGCAAGGUGUGGUCCGGCCCAUGAACAAGUCCCCAAUGCUCAUCUCUGGCAUCCGCUGCCUGCACUUUGCACCUCCCGAGUUUCUUUUGGAGGUGCAGUGCAUGCACGAGACACAGAAGCAGCUGAGGAAGCUGGUGCAUGAGAUUGGCCUGGAGCUGAAGACCACUGCUGUCUGCACACAAGUGCGGCGUACUAGGGAUGGCUUCUUCAGGCUAGAUGAUGCUCUCCUGAGAACCCAGUGGGACCUGCAUAAAAUCCAGGAUGCUAUCCAGGCAGCAGCCCCCCGGGUGGCAGCGGAACUGAAAAAGAACUUGAGCCUAAAGUUGAGCCACCAGCAGCUCCCCAGUGCUAGACAACCUUGGGGCUUCAGGGGUCCAAGCUCCACUUCUAAGUUGGAAGACUGUGCAGGGGAGUGAAAGGCCAGCCAGGUGCCCGGAUGUAGGGGCAAACAGUCUCUUCACAAGUCAGAACUGGUCACUCUGCAGAGUGAGAUCACGGGCCCUGAGCCGUCAUCUCAGCAAAACAAAAGUACUGGAGGGAUCCUUCGUCUGCGUCUAUGAUCUCAGUACUAUUCAGCUGAGGCAGGAGAUAGCUCUGAGUUUGAGGCCAGCCUGGUCUAGUCUUCUGGAGUACUUCGUGAUGUGUGUCAGUAUGUAGUGUCCUGCCAGUCAGGGUGCAAACCUGUGAUCAUUGCCUAGGUGGUGGAGACAGGAGGAUCAGGAGUUCAAGGUCAUCUUUGGCUGCAUGAGUUCGAGGCUACAUGAAGCCUUCUAUCCAAGACAAUAUUAAAAACCCAGAAUUGGCCGGGCAGUGGUGGCGCACGCCUUUAAUCCCAGCACUUGGGAGGCAGAGGCAGGUGGAUUUCUGAGUUCGAGGCCAGCCUGGUCUACAGAGUGAGAGCUCCAGGACAGCCAGCCAGGGCUACACAGAGAAACCCUGUCUCGAAAAACCAAAAAAAAAAAAACAGAAUUAUUUUUUAAAAGGUUUUAUUCCAAGGCCAGCCUGGUCUACCGAGUGAGUUCCAAGACAGCCAAGGCUAUACAGAGAAACCCUGUCUC